CGAGGUGCCAGUUUCUUAUCUACGAACCAGCACACGAGGGUUGUGACCUCUCCGCCAGUGCCGUCGUCCAUCUCUGCUGCACCACCGCUAGGGUAUCAUGCAGCGCCGUCGCCUCGCGCACCCGCUUCCUCCCGACUUCUUUCAAUGCCCCGUGUUGACGUCGUCGGAAGCUGACGCGAUGAUCGCAUCCGGCGUCGACGCGCUCAAGCACCUCGUGAUGCACGCCCGGUUGGACGACACGAGUGCGUACAAGUGGAAGCUGGAGCGUGCGACGCAGGACCUCCAGGUGUACGCUGGGUCGGACCUGACAAAGGCGAAAGGCACGGUCGUGUUUAUGAGCGUCACGGAACUCCACGCGACGCUGGAUGAAGCCGCGUCGCUUCUCGAGUGCGACACGUCCGAUUCGUACCGCACCUUCAUCCAGCGAUACAACAAGGACGUGAUCGACUGCGCCGUGCUCGCGACCCUCGCGCCGCGCACGCCGACGUACCCGCGCAACUACAUUGGCCUCAAAUGGUUUGUCCAGGAGACGCCCCUGCCCUGUCGAAACCGAGACUUUUGUGUCGUCGAGUGUUGCGAUGACUUUACCCUGGGGUCCACCAAGGGAUGGGCUCGCGUCCUGCACUCAGUAGAUUUAAGCUGGGUCCCGCCGCUGUCAUCUGUGCUGGGCAUCGUCCGCGGCACGUUCGACGCGUCUGGCACUGUCUUCUUAGAAACCAACCGCCGAGGGGUGCUUCGAGCGGCGCAGAUUUUCCACGUCAACUUGAACGGAAACCUUCCCCAGUGGAUCUUACGUGUCGGUAUCAAGAAGCGGGCGCGGACGCUGGUCGAUAUGGACGCGCACUUUCGAGCACAGCGCAUGACGCGCAUGCUGAUUUUGCCGCAACCAAGUGAAGAAGCCGAAAUGAAGUGCCACGGUUGCCACUUAAAGAUAGCAACAAGUCGCCGGUCGCAGUUUCAAUGCCGUCGAUGUAACCACAUCGUAUGCCGGCAAUGCUGCCAUCCUUUGGACCCGCCUACCACCGCCGCUGUUCCUUUCAUCGUGAUGACGACGAUGGAACCUUUUGCGUGUGUAUGCAUUCCUUGUGUAACGCUCACGGCAUCGUCGAAUUCACCUGCGACAUCGGACAACAGACCACCACAACCCUUGCGAAACAACCUCCCAGAAGAAUCGUUUGUCGACCAGCAUCGCAAUAUGCGACAAGGUGCAGCAGCAUGUAACGACGCGAAUUUUGUGCAGAGUGGCGUACAAGGCGACUUCGGCGCUGGUCAGUCGUUGUACUGGUACCCACGGAAUAGCUCGCAAGAAGACAUGCAAGCCGACUGGUAUAAGCCCAUUGCUCUACAAGAAGACGAAGCCCCCGAGAGAUGGCGGCCGAUGCAGUAUUAUCACGACGACCAGGCGGACCAACAUGUACUGCUCGGCGCCGACAACGACGACUCGGCCAUCCAUAGUGACACAGACAGCAAUUGUUUUCGCUUGUAAUAAUCAGGAAGAAGAUAUAUAUAUUGAAUAGUACGGUGUAAACGUCCACAUUGCGUGUGGAUUUCUAA